ACGGCGUGACGUGGUGGGAGAGCGUACUGCCACCAAGCCUGGAGCCGACACACAACUCACAGCGUUCAUCUUCCUCCUCCCCUGCUGCUUCUAGCCCUCUCGCAGAUAUCAAAACGACAGCACAGAGCGGAGCGCAAGGAGCUGCUGAUUUAGGAGGGCGAGAGGAGGUGAGUGGAAACAAUCCCCCCCCAGACAUAGAUGCUCAUGGGGGGAGGGAAGUUAACAUGAGAGCAUGUGAAUGAAAGAGGAAGAAGGACCAAGGAUCAGCAAGGAAAUGGAACAAAAGCCGAGCUGCAAACACAGAGAUGCUAGGCUUAUGCAUCACCCAGAGAUGAUCCCCCUCUAUCCCCCGCUGCUGUGAUAUACAAAACACCGCAAGCGAGGACUGUGAAAGGACCCUGGGCUGCAGCUAACUGCCGACUCCUGACUGCCUUUGGCCAAAUGGCAGCAGCAGCGCAGCACCGUUAGCAUCAAGCCUCUGGGGACAAUGCGCCAAGGCAGACGGAGAGACUGCAACGCUGGAGAUCUGACACAUGUUCUGCCCAUGCACGCACCCAUACACACACUUGUGUAUGCAUGUGGUAGAUGGCCAUCGGUGCCUGGAAGAGGAACAAAUUUCUCCGUCAACACCCACACUUGGGUAGUGAUUAAAGAAGAUAAUGAUUGAUGGAAGACUGUAGAGGAAACCUGAAUCGACGAGCAUAAGCUCUAUUGUGAUCUGGCUAACAGUGCAGUCGGAGCAUCAGCGUGUGAGGAUUGUAAUUUAUCUUAUGUAGGAGGGAUGGAUGCAAGAGAGAGAUGAUUACCUACAUUUAAAUAGGCAGUCACUUGAGAUGCAACAUUAGAGUGGACCCACACCUCACAGCUGACUUGUCAGAACAAAACCAAAGUGAUCUGGAUACAUGAAAAUGAGAUCUCAACGCUGGGUCUUUUCACAAGUCUUUUAGGCAGCCCUUCACAAGGCCCUGUCAGAAGCUGCUGAGGAGGACUGCCCUUAAAGUGUGACAGCUGUCUGGGUGUACAAGUCCUGCUGUAAAUAUGCAGUGGAGAAGACGUCAUUGCUGUACACACACAGCUAAACUUUUCUAUCUCCUCUCACUGUUAGGAGUCCUUGUCUUUCUUGUCCACCAGGCGUGGCUGCCGAGGUUCACAGAUAUACCGUGGUGGAGAGGUCACCCUGUGGUGUAUGGAGGUGGUGAACUUCAUACCACCAAAGCCAAGUGGAACAUAAGCACCCAACACUCAGCAUGGAGGUUUGUCAUUAUUCCUCAACCAACCUUUAAGGCUGAUGCCAACAUCAGUUCCCCCGAGAAGGAAGGAGUCUCCGUUUCCCCGCUAGACCAAAGUUCUGAGGAUACUUUGGCAGCGAGCAUAGAGGGAGAACUUACCGGCACUAUAACCCAAGGGCCCUUCACUUAUAUCAUCAACGAGCCUGACAAAUGUGCAGGGAGCAGCCCUGCACCCUUUCUAGUGUUGCUGAUAGCCACCGAGGCUCGGCAGGUGGAGGCAAGGAAUGCAAUACGGCAGACAUGGGGGAACGAGAGCGUUGCACCAGCUCUAGGAUUCAUCCGGCUGUUUCUGCUGGGGAAAAAUGAGGGUGAGCUGGGCAUUUUACAGCAGAGGAUGCUAGAAGCAGAGAGCCGGAGAUAUCACGAUAUCAUUCAGCAGGACUUCAUGGAUUCGUACAAAAACUUGACCAUUAAGACAUUGAUGGGAAUGAACUGGGUGGCAAUUCACUGCCCACAAGCCAGCUAUGUCAUGAAGACGGACAGUGACAUGUUCGUCAACACAGAGUACCUCAUUUACAAGCUGCUUAGGCCAGAAAUUAAGCCCAAGAAGAACUACUUCACAGGAAAUAACAUGAGAGGCUUUGCACCAAAUCGAAAUAAAAACAGCAAGUGGUACAUGCCCCCUGAACUGUACCCAAGUGAAAAGUAUCCCACCUUCUGCUCAGGGACUGGUUAUGUCUUCUCUGGAGACUUGGCAAGAAAAAUCUAUCGCGUAUCGCUAAGUAUCCGUCAGCUCCAUCUAGAGGAUGUAUAUGUAGGGAUAUGCCUGGCCAAGCUCCGGAUUGAGCCCACUCCUCCAUCCAACGCAUUCCUGUUCAACCACUGGCGGGUUUCUUAUUCCAGCUGCAAGUACAGCCAUCUGAUAACAUCACAUGGUUUUCAUCCCAAUGAAAUACUUAAAUACUGGCAUCACCUGCAGAGCAACAAACGCAAUGCUUGCAUCAACACAAUGAGGGCGAGAACAGGCAGGACACAGUCAGCUAGAAUGAACAAAGAGAAGCCUGCUCAAUAACUGAAAUCGUUGUUUAAACUUGCCUAGUUAAAUACCAAUGGUCUAUAUCCCAGCACACUGACUUCUUAAAUUGACAGCAAGGGAAUGGAUUAAUACACACUUUAUCCAAACGGGAACCCAAAAGAAACUGCGAAAGGCAAUUUCUUUGAAAUUUGUGGUGUGAAUGCUGGCUGUUAGAAGCUGAAACUAAUUUUCAUUACUGGCUUUAAAAACUUGAAUAAUAUCAAUAAUCUAUGAAAGAUGUGGAAUAUUUUAAGGUUUGUUGAAAAGCUGAAGUUAAACUGAAGAGCUGGCUUUAUUUUGUAUGCAGAAGCAACGUAAGGAGUAUGAGGAGUUGGAAAACGGUUGAAUGAAAUUAUGUAUCAUAGUGAUGGUGGGAGCUAAACUGCUUUGCCCAAAUAGGGCUAGGAGCAAAAAUGCGUAAAAAAAAAAAAAAAAAAAAAAA